AUGAUGAUAAUAAUUCUCCGAUUUCAUAUAAAGUGUUUACGUCAAUCCAAAGCGGUGAAUCGCCAUUACCCUCUUCUCUCAUUAUAAAAUUAAUAUAUUUAUUGAAAAUUAUUAUCUAAUUACUAUAUUUCAAUAAAAGAAAUAGUACUUGUUUAUAUCAGUAACGUUUAUAAUUUGAAAUUUUUCAAAAUUAAGCAAAUUAUCAUUAUGAAACGUCUAUAACAUCCAUAGUUUUACAAGUUAUAUGUACAGCAUUUCCUAGUGCCAAGAAGUCACAUUUUUACAGAUUAUAUAUGUAUAUAUUGAAAAACGCCACAUAACCUCAAAAUGAGUAAUAAUUGUUCGGAAAUACCGGCUUCUCUCAGUCAUCAAAUUAAAACAUUACUUCAAGGAGAAGAUCCGAUAAAAGCUGUGGAACUAAUUAAUGACGACACACAUCUUGAGACACUUAAAGAAUCAUCUUGGAACAUCGUUGAAAUUGUAACUCCUCACUUGACAAUUGAAAAUGCAAAAGGAAAUAUCCCAUUGUUUAAGGCUUGCGAAGCUAUUCUUAAUAUAGUUACCGAAAAAUGUAAGCCAUCCGAAACAGUUUUGGAAUUACUCGAGGAAAUUGAUAAUCAGGAGAACGAUGUGAAAUUUUUCACUUUAUUAAAACCAUUGAAACGAAGUUUACAGAAACUGGAUGACAAGAGUAAAUCUUUUGAUUGGUGCGCGAAUACGAUAAAAUAUUACGUUGAUGGUCUUCCAUUGCCUGAUAAAGAAAUUAUUUUAGAGGAAAUCGAUUCAGAGGAAUGUAGAAUCAUUGAUGUUUACAAGGAAAUACUGUUGUUUUUGAAACCUUUCAUUGAAGAAUCAUCUCUUGACAAUGGGAAAAAUAGUAAAAUUCGAAAUCAUUUGCUGAGUUUACUUCUCUCAUUGAUGGGAAAACCGUUUUGUCAUUUACCAGUAUGUUCACGAUCUGUGAGAGAUAUUUCCGAAUCGAUAGUGAUUAAUAUUUGUAAAUUAACUGGUGAUUGCUUUCAAUUUCUUCCGAUUGUUGCUGAACGAGAUAGCAAGUCACUUAACAAGACGUCAAAAAAUAAUCUCUUUGAGUCAACGUGGCAAGUUUCAAAUUUAUCUUACGCUAAUUUCUAUUAUCUAUUAAUGACUAAGGAAUCUUUACAAGACAAAAUUCCUCAGGUUUAUGAUUCGGAAUUUAUUUUACAAAAUUGUUUUUAUCUUUCCUAUAUCUUUCUCGAGAAGAAUAUUCCAAUUUUUCUUUACAAAGGAUUAGGUCUCAUUGAAUCGGUGAUAUGUCGAGUGGAAAAAUAUUCUUUAAGUCAACAAACAUUAGAAUUGUCAGUGCAUUCGAAAUUGUUCUCGUGCUUAACGCAAGUGAUGAUUUACUGUGAAUCAGAUGUGGAACGAAAAAGAGCUUUGGAAAUCUUUAAAAAUUACGUCGAUUUAUUUACAAUUCAAGUGAAAUAUCAAGUUCUUUUACACCUCUAUAAAAUUACCAAACAUUCGGGUCUUUUGAGUUUAAUUAGUGUCAUUGUCAAAGAUUCUAUAAUCAAGUGCCUUGAGGUGGACCCACCUUUGCCUUAUUUUCUUGGAUCAAAUUUGCAUACAUUACUCUCGAUUAUUUGCAAAUUACAACACGGAAGUGCGACCGAUUUGAUAGAAAUUGCUGAAGAGACAAUAGCUGCUUUAAAUUUAAUUCGUUUUCUGUCAAUUCGUGAUAACAAUAAUAUUACAGGCUUUUGGGAUUAUACGGAAAAUUUGGAGAAACAUUAUUUGAAAGAAUUGCGAAAUGGUGUGGAUUUAAGUCGUGCUCACUGGAAAUUGAAAUUAAAAGACCUAAAAGAGGAGGAAAAAUUAUCAAAGAAGCCGAAGAAAUGGGAAGUUGAUAAUGUGACCGUGUCAGUUGGUGGUGAAAAUUUGUCAAUGUUACCUGUCAGUGAAAAAAUUGAAUUUUCCCAUCACGCUUUAAAUGCCUUGGAUAUGAUUGAAAUUGUAUUAAUUCGAGUUAAUGAAUUUCUGGAGAAUCAUCGUCUUAAAUUAGCUCCUAAAAAUUAAAUAUUUCAUAAAGGUUUCAGAAAUCUUUCGACUUGGAGAACUUUACUUUCUGAGCAAACACAAAAUGCUUCUAUCAAAGGAAAUGGUUCUCAUACUCAAAAUGAAGAUGAAUACGAGAAAAA